GUUGCUGUUUUUGCAUAAUAAAUGUUCAGGAGGGUAACAUGAGAAUGGUCCUAAACAUGCUGAAAGAGAUGGCAGAAGUCGGGAUCCACAGCAGCAGCAGCCAGCGAUAUGGCUGAUCAUCGCCAGAUGGGACAGUGCCGUGUGUUAGCGAAAGUUAUGGUACGAUAAUCCUAAAUAUGUCUUUUGUAGGCGACCAAGCCUCGUUGCGCACAGAUUAACAUCGUGAUGGGAUUAAUCUAAGGAAAACUGGCCACCGGCCGCGUUACUGCAAAGUAGUUGAGGGAACUUGUCGCAGUGGAUUCAUCCCAGCGUGCCGCCUGGAUUACCACACACAAGAGGAACAAUAGUCUUCUGCAGGAGAAACACUCACAGGUCUUUGGACCCCAGUCUGAAAAUGGACCGAAUGAAGAUCAUCAAGAGGAGGCUGUCCAUGUCCUUACGCAGCGCCCGGCCUGUAGAUGAUUCUCUGUCCGAACUGGCAGAACAAAUGGCAUUAGAUGAGACCGCCACAGUCCGGGACAACGAGCCCAUGGUGGUGUGUUCGCUGCACCCUCCUGCCUCCCACAGCGCCCCGUCCUUCCUGCGACAGUAUGCGGGACACCUGGGACGGACCGCCCUGCGCAGGGAGCUGGGAGGGGGGCUCGAAAGAGAACGCGCAUACCUCAACCUACACAGGACUGGAUCUCUGGGUAUUGUCCAUGAGAAUGUGAAGAUGGGAUCAGAUGGAGAAAGUGAUCAGGCAUCAGGAACGUCCUCUGAUGAAGUUCAGAGUCCAGUCCGGGUCAGGAUGAGGAAUAACCAUCACCGGAGAAUCUCUACUGAGGACAUAAACAAGCGGUUGUCCCUGCCAGCCGAUAUCAGACUACCGGAAGGCUAUUUGGAGAAGUUUGCCAUGAACAGCCCACCUUUUGACAAACCAAUGAGCCGCAGGUUAAGGCGAGCUUCACUGUCGGAAAUCGGUUUUGGGAAACUUGAAACCUACAUCAAACUGGACAAACUUGGAGAGGGUACCUACGCCACAGUAUAUAAAGGCAGAAGCAAAUUAACUGACAACUUGGUGGCUCUGAAGGAAAUCCGACUGGAGCAUGAAGAGGGAGCGCCCUGCACAGCCAUUAGAGAAGUGUCUCUGCUGAAAGACUUGAAGCAUGCCAAUAUUGUCACCCUCCACGACAUUAUCCACACAGACAAGUGCCUGACUCUGGUGUUUGAGUACCUGGAAAAAGAUCUGAAGCAGUACAUGGAUGACUGUGGAAGCAUUAUGAGCAUUCAUAAUGUAAAGAUCUUUCUGUUCCAGCUGUUAAGAGGACUGGCUUAUUGCCACAAAAGAAAGGUCCUGCACCGAGAUCUGAAACCCCAAAAUCUGCUCAUCAAUGAGAAGGGGGAGCUGAAACUGGCAGACUUUGGGUUAGCAAGAGCCAAGUCUGUUCCAACAAAAACCUACUCAAAUGAAGUAGUGACGUUAUGGUACCGUCCUCCGGAUGUGCUACUGGGAUCCACAGAGUACUCCACACCCAUUGACAUGUGGGGCGUGGGGUGUAUUUUUUAUGAGAUGAUCACUGGCAGACCCUUGUUCCCUGGGUCGACUGUGGAGGAUGAGCUUCACCUUAUAUUUCGGAUACUUGGCACCCCAACAGAGGAGACCUGGCCAGGCAUUACAACAAGUGAAGAGUUCAAGACUUACAAUUUUCCCCAGUACCAAGUUGAACCUCUGGUGAACCAUGCACCAAGGAUAGACAGCGAUGGCCAUGACUUGCUGUCGCUGCUAUUAAAGUUUGAAGCAAAGAAAAGGAUAUCAGCAGAAGAUGCUCUAAAACAUGUUUAUUUUAGGAGUCUAGGGGAACAGGUUCAAACACUUGCAGACACGGCAUCAAUAUUUUCUGUAAAAGGUAUUGCGCUACAGAGAGAUCCAGGGAAGAGGUCGUCAAUCUAUCCAGAAUCAAGUCAGGGAAAGAGCAGGAGGCAGAGUGUGUUGUUUUAAUGCUGGUGACGCUGAUGAAGAGAGGAUGACCAGAUGAGGACAAGGCCAAAUGAGACUUAAAACUGUCGUGCAGAGUCUCCUAUACCCUGUCUACACCUAAGGAGAGACCCACACACACACUCUACCCCAUGUACACCUUUGGAAAUGACAGAAGUAUGGCUGAAGAAUUGAUACUUGAUUAAAAAAUAAUAAUACCCCCUCACAAGUAGGAUCCUCCUUCCUUGCUGCUGCUACUACUGCUGCUGUCCAUAAGAGGGCAGCAUUAUGUGCUGUAUGGAAAAAAUAUUGGGGACUGAGCUUUCUGCCCUAUUUGAAAGAACCAUACAGUCUCUAAAUAUCUCCAAAGACACAACAGACACUGUCCAAUUUGAGUGUGUGUCUUCUACAGGAGUUUACACAGUUAAACUUAAGCACCUUAUUGUUCAGUAGACAUCAGGGUGGCUGUCAUAACUUACCUCAUCCAGCACGGACGUUCAAAAUGAAGAAGUGAACCAAAAAAACAAAACAAAAUAUAAGAUUGACAUCACCACAUAUCAUGAAGAUACAUGCUGUAAAGGCUUGCUUAGCACUCCUGUUUCAUGGACAGUGAUGUCAAGGGUGUUUUCGCAACACUCCAGCUGUACGUUUGUUUUGCCUUUUAUCUCUCAAUGUCCAGAUCGUUUUAAAUGUUCUUUUUUGCACCUAAUUUUACCUCUUUAGACCAAGUAGAAGGCCUGAAACCUCUUCUGGCUACACCUGCCUUUUUAUGUUCAAUCUGUAUAUAUUUGAUCAAACUUUUCUUGAAUUUUGUUCUAAUUUAGAGUUGUACGACUGAGGACGUGUUGCACAUUCCUUAAGCUCAGGACUCGUGAUAGUGUGAUGAUUUGAAUGCUGUAAGUAAGGCUGUCUUUAUGUCCUACCUAGCUGGAAUCCCUUUGCAAAGUUAGUUCAAAGUGACACCCAAUCAGUCAUUUUAGAACAGUCAGUUAUAACAUUAUUACCACUGAAACACAACAUAAUUGCCUCUACAAGUGACAUGCAUAACAAAACGCAUUGAUAAUGCAUAUCUCUUCGUUAUCUUAUGGGUGAGUUUGCCAAGGAAACCUUUACGAUAAAACACUAGAUCAGACUGCAUGGUCCCAUUAAACUGACUCACCUCUGUAGCUCUAAGAGUUUCAUAUAUAAGGUAUUCACAAGUGGUCAUAAUGUUAUAUCUGUUUAGUGUAUCAUACAUAUUCUUGAUUACACCCAUUUUUCAGUCUUGCCUAUAGGCUACUUACCAUUUUGAGCAUGUGUUGAGUUUGUAUGUGGAACAUUUACCAUCAAUGCAAUAUUCUCAACUAGUUUGCAUGUUUUUACUUUUGUACACACCACACUGACCAAUAAAUGGCAAUGACAAAUCACAAUCUUCAGACACUGUAUUGUGUAGAACAGUGCAUUAACUCAGUGCUUUGGAAAAGGAACAAUGUUGUUUCAUGAGACUUAAGUUUCCAAGCUGCCAGAAACAACAGGACCAAAGCUUAAAGCACAUGUCUCAUAGACCAUUUCUUGAUAUUGUACUGUAUACGGAGGUUGUGUUGGUUGGUUUUAAUUGCCCUGGUCUGAUCAGUAAAUGAGGGUCAUGGAAACUUCUUUAUGUCACUGUCAAAAUACUAUGUAAAUAUAAUAUUAAGUAAGUAAUUUAGUAAUUACUGCAAUGCAUGUGGUAGCGGACUGGUGCUGAUGGGUUGCUCCAGUGCCAUUGAACUAUGGAGGGAAUUAUAUUAUAUUAUAGGUGUAAGUGUAGCGCCAUAUUUAAAUUCUAAAAAUCUGAUUAAAUUGCCUUAACAGUACCCAUAUCUGGCUCUAUAUUUCUUGAUAUUCAGUUACAGUGACAUAAACAAAUUUCCUUUACCUUCUUUAUCAAAAAGGUGUCUUGCUAACCCAGAGUGUCACAGUAUGUAGCAUGUACAAAAAGAAAGCCCUCACUAUGUUGUAAAUAGUGUAUAGGUUUGAUACUGCUGUUCUUGCUUUCAUUUUAUUGAGAUCUCAUAGCAAUAUUUCUAUAACAAAUUAAGAAGCCAAGGUGACAUGAGGAUUUGAUUUGAGAGAUGACUGUGAAUGAUUGAAUUGUGAGACAAAAAAAAAAAAAAAAGACCCUUCCUUGGUCUAAAGCCUGGAGUGUACUUUUGUGUUGCAAAGAAGAAGUAACAAACACUGAUUUUUUUUGUUUUGUUUAGUAUUUUUUUUAAACCAAUGAAAGCCAUAUGGUCAUAACCAGGUCUGCUGAUAAUGUGGAUGAAAGAGGAUCACAUCUGAGCACAGACCUAAUAAAGCAAAAUGGGAUGAAA